AUGACUCAAGUGGACGAAAAGAAGGGGUCCACCUGCAGGAGCAGGAUGAUCCCGUCACCCGUGGUAAUAAGGAUACAAGCGAUCCUGCAGAAGGAGAUGGUGCGAGAGUUCCUGGCUGAGCUCAUGAGCACGUUUGUCAUGAUGGUGUUUGGCCUUGGCUCUGUGGCCCAUAUGGUUCUAGGAGAAAAAUUUGGGAGCUUCCUCGCUGUCAACUUGGGUUUUGGCUUCGGAGUCGCCCUUGGAGUACAUGUGGCAGGGAAUAUCUCUGGGGCCCACAUGAACGCAGCGGUGACCUUCACCAACUGUGCACUGGGCCGCUUGCCCUGGAAGAAGUUCCCUGUGUAUGUACUGGGUCAGUUCGUGGGCUCCUUCUUGGCUGCUGCCAGCAUCUAUGUCAUCUUCUACGCGGCCAUUAUGGACUUCUCGGGCGGACAUCUGACAGUGACCGGCCCUAUAGCCACUGCUAACAUCUUUGCCACUUACCUUCCUGAGUACAUGACGCUAUGGAUGGGCUUCCUGAAUGAGGUAUUCAUCACGGGGAUGCUCCAGCUGUGUCUCUUUGCCAUCACGGACAAACGUAACAACCCAGCCCUGCCAGGGACGCAGGCCCUGGUGAUUGGCAUCCUGGUCGUCAUCAUUGGAGUGUCUCUGGGCAUGAACACGGGCUAUGCCAUCAACCCAUCCCGGGACCUGCCUCCCCGCUUCUUCACCUUCAUUGCCGGUUGGGGAGCAGAGGUCUUCAGGGUUAAGAACUGGUGGUGGGUGCCAGUGGUGGCACCACCCCUCGGUGCCUACUUGGGUGGCAUCAUCUACGUGGUCUUCAUUGGCUCCACCAUCCCACGGGAGCCCCAGAUAUUGGAGAAUCCUGCGGAGCAUGAAGACCACCAAGCACCUGUCCUGCCCAAGGCCAUGUCUCACCGAACGGCGAACACUUCCCUUGCCUCUGUCUCUGUGUCCCUCGACAACAGAACUCCGGCCCAGCCUAUCCCACUCUUAAGUGACAACAUCCAAGUCCAGCAAUUCUAA